GAAUUUAAAUGUCAUCGGAAAUAAGAUAAAUACGUUUGAGCAAUUUAUAGAAAUACAUUUUGUCAUUGUUUAAAUAUUCACUCAAAUUGUUUCUAUACAUUUUUUUAUUGCAUUUAUAUUCGUAAAUUGUCAAACAAUGGAUACCGUUCAUUAUUUUGCAUUUAUUUGCUGUGCGAUUUGUGUUGUUUCGGCGGUAGAAAAUGUAAAAAGCGUGCUUCCACUGGAUUGUGCCCUAGUUCUAUGCGCUGCACCCGAAUGCGAUGACUCAUUCAUCCCACCAGGAGAAUGCUGUCCGGCUUGCAAAGGCAGCGGAAAACCUUGUAUUUCUAAUGGCAGAACAUACCAAGAUGGAGAGAGCUUCACAGGUGACUGCAAUACGUGCACAUGCAGAAAUGGAAUACCACUAUGUACUCUUAUUGCCUGUCAAGAUAAGCCAGGAACGUGCCCAAAAUAUCCUCCCGGAAACUUCUUGCCAUGCGUUACAUUGUGCGAUUCAGACUUUGAUUGCCCUGGGCAAGAGAAAUGUUGCUCAACCGGAUGUGGCCGCAGCUGUUCUGUUCCAGACGGUAGCUUCGCUGGUUGUGUAGUUAACGGCAAAAAGUACAAAGCAGGAGAAGAACUACCAACCGACCCUAAAGAUCCCUGUAAGCGAUGCACUUGUACGGGCGGAAAAGAGACAUGUGACUCGAUCGUAUGUCCAGCCUGCGAAGGUUACAGGCCGCCAGGUGCAUGCUGUAAUAUUUGUGGCGCCAAACCACCUUACUAAUUAUAUAAACGGAUACAAUCCAUUACCGAAUCCUUCUCUUGCAAUAUGUCAGACUGACCUAUAACAGACGAUUUACCCAACAAAGGCUGAAUGGCAUUUUAUUAUAUCAAAACCAACUGUUAACAAUUUCGUGUGUGCAAAUAAAAUAAAUAUUUUAAUGGAAUGACUAAACUGAAAUUAAUGGCGAAUAGCUUCAUUUGAUUUAUGUAGAAAUGUAUUCAUUUUUCUGUUAAAUUAAAGAUAUUAAAUUGCAAAGACAA